UUGCAUGAGAAGGCUCAGCUCAGGAAGAGAAAGGACAAGAGAAAGGCUGGUGCCCUGUUGAAGGCACCAACAAGGUGAAGCUGUUCUUCUUAGAAGAAAGAUAGCAUAGUGCAAAGAUAGAUGGAGGUGUCUGCUUUGCUUUUUUGCCAGGGGUGUGCCCCAUGGCAGGGGAUUCUACUCACAGCCUCCCUUUUAACCUGCUGGCACCUGUCUACCACUUCCCAAGUCACUAUUGAAUUAAUGCCACUGCAAGUAGUUGAAGGGGAAGAUGUCUUUUUCCUCGUCCAUAAUCUGCCAGAGAAUGUUACAACCUUUGUCUGGUUCAAAGGGAGGAAAAAUAUGAAACGUGGAAUUGCACUGUAUACAGUGGCCUCUGACUUACUUGUACACAGUGAUAGAGAGACACUGUACAGCAAUGGAUCUCUGAUGAUCCACAAUAUCACCCAGAAAGACAGAGAAUAUUACACCCUACGAACCUUCAAUAAACGUUCAGAAACUGUAUCAACAACAACCACAUUCCUCCAUGUGAAUGUCUUCCUUUGGAAUUGUGGGCGUCUUGUCACCUCUUCCCAGCCCAUUAUUGAAUCACUGCCUCAUGUCGUUCCUGAAGGGCAUCAUGUUGCUCUACAUGUUCACAAGAUCCCAGAGAAUAUUCAAGGAUUUAUAUGGUUCAAAGGGAUGACUGUGUUCAGGCACCUCGAAAUUGUACGAUACAAAAUGAGCAGUAAGUCGAGUGUGUUUGGGCCUGCGUACAGCGGUAGAGAGACACUGAACAGUGAUGGGGCCCUGCUGAUUGAAAAUGUCACUCAGGCGGACGCUGGACUGUACACCCUAAGAGUAUUGGGUACAGAUAUGAAGAGUGAAGAAGCACAUGGAGAAAUCCGAGUUGAAAAACCCUCUUUUCAGUGCUGUAACCCUAUCACCUCUUCCAAAUUCAUGGUUGAAGCAGUGCCCCGGUAUGCUGCUAAAGGGGAAAGUGUUCUUCUCCUUGUUCAUAAUCUGCCAAAAGAGCUGAUAUCCUUUACCUGGUACAACUCAAUGUACAGGGUUUCAGCCUUCCAAAUUGUAAACUACCAUGUAAUCUGGAAUAUCACCACCUGGGGGAAUGAAUACAGAGAAAGAGGAAUGGUGUAUGCCAAUGGAUCCCUACUGCUCCAGGACGUUACUGAGGAAGAUUCAAGAAUGUACACACUAGAAACUUUGAACGUAAACUACACGGUUGAAAGAGCACAUGUGCAGUUUUAUGUGACCAAGCCUGUGACACAGCCCUUUGUUUGAAUCACAGACACCACAGUCAAUGCACACAGAUCUGUGACCUUCACGUGCAUUACACCUGACGUCGGAAUCCCCACCCUUUGGUUAUUCAAUAACCACAAUCUGCAGGUCACAGAGAGGAUCAAGCUGUCCCCAACAAAGUGUGGUCUCCGAAUAGAUAAUGUCAGAAGUGAAGAUGCUGGAGAGUACCAAUGUGUGGUCACCAACCGAGCCGGUGAUACAAAGGCCAGUCACCCAGUCAGGUGGCCAUGAUGAAUGAGUGACUUCUCCUCUCAUCCUACAGUAGAAUGGUGGCAUCUCUUUAUUGAUGGGAUAAAACGCAGAGCAAAUGUAUGGGGUGAAAAUAAUCAGUUACUACUCAGGUGCAGCCAGCAUGGUGAGACAUGACUGUGGUCUUUGGAUACACAUGUGUAUAAGAACAAGGCAGGAUUUAAGGUGAGACGGUCUCCAAAACAAAGCACAGACAUGGAUACGAUAAACACGAUCACAA